CUCUGUUCAGCGGCGUUGUCUGGAAGGUUCCGCGGCGCGCGACGGGCGCCCGGCCGAGGCUCGCGAUCUGAAAAGCGGCGGCGGAGAGAAGAGGCGGGCCUGUUGAGAGCACGUGACGUGCCACUCGGCCCGCCUCUGUGCGCCGCGCAUGCGCCGUCUGACGCGCGCCGUUUGCGUUGGCAGGUGGCCGCCGGUGGCGCGGAGGCUGCUGAGGAAGUACCGAAGAGGAGAUCGGCGCGGCUGUCCGCCAAACCUGCGCCUGACAAAGCGGAGCCCAAAGCCAAGGCGUUGGCAGCGAAGGAUAAAUCUGAGAACAAGAAAGCUCAAUCAAAGGGGAAAAGGGGGCCUAAAGAACAGACUGAAGAGACAAACCAGGAGCAGAUAAAGGACAACUUGCCUGCAGAAAAUGGAGAAACUAAAAGUGAGGAGACUCCAGCAUCUGAUGCAGCAAUAGAGAAAGAAGAAGUGAAGUCUGAAUAACAUCUGGUACCAAGUCUUCAAUUGGUGAUCCUUAUACUUUUCUUCUUGUACAAUUCAGAGGAAUAUUUUUAUCAACUAUUUUGUAAAUGCAAGUUUUUUAGUAGUUCUAAAAACCACGUUUUUAAAAGGAGAGAAUCCCAACUCAAUCCAUUUUUUUACAUAUUUAGAUAAGUGUAAAUGAUUUUUUUAAGUGGUAAAAUCAUGUACUGGUUGUCUGUUUUCUAUGAAACCAGAAAUUAAUGGGAUGUUACGAAAUGGAGAGGCUUUUUGAAGUCUUAAUGCGGCUUCUCGUUCCGUAGAUUGGGAGGAAGAGUUUUUCUAUCCUAUUAAAUGAAGCGCAACACAGAUGUCAGAACUUGCAAUAUGCUGAGAACGUCUUAACGUUUUAGUUAUUUAUCUAUGGUUGUACCAUCAGUAGAAUUGCUUAUCUCAUGAACUGCUCCCUAGUGUUGGAUUUCUUGACCAGUAAUGUAUAUCUGUGACAAAGUUAUUUUUGGUAGGUGUAGGUUUAUUUUUUCCAACAACUCUGUGACUGCUACGUAAAAGACUGGAAACUUUUAUCUUUAAAUACUGAAUAGGUAAAAGUUUCUGAUUGGUAGACUGACUGUCAGCUGGUACUUCACAUCUAGUUUUAAAGGAGAGCUUGUCUACAAAGUCCAAAUGAAAAAUAUUUGAAAUAGGCUUAGAAAAAAAUAAAAUUAUAGUUUUUAUAUUAAAAAGAAACUAUGUGAAUAAGAACAAUUGUAAAAUUGUAGCGCCUGUGAUCACCAAACAAAAGCCAAAUAAAUCUUGAUUAAGAAAGAA